CCUCCACUCUUCUCCUCUGUCUCCUUCCUCCCUCCCUCGGAUUCGUUCCUUCUCGAAACCUCCUUCUAAUAUCAAGAUUAUUCAUUUCUUCCUCAACCUCCCAUCAGUUACUCUACGUACUCGUAGAUAGAUAGAGAGAGAUCGAUCUGAAUAGAGGCAUGGCGGCGUGUAGAGGUGGAGGCGCCAAGGACGUAGACCGGAUCAAGGGCCCCUGGAGCCCCGAGGAGGACGACGCGCUGCAGCGUCUGGUCGGCCGCCACGGCGCCCGCAACUGGUCACUGAUCAGCAAGUCCAUCCCGGGCCGGUCCGGCAAGUCGUGCCGCCUCCGGUGGUGCAACCAGCUGUCGCCGCAGGUGGAACACCGCCCCUUCACCCCCGACGAGGACGACGCCAUCCUCCGCGCCCACGCCCGCUUCGGCAACAAGUGGGCCACCAUCGCCCGCCUGCUCUCGGGGCGCACCGACAACGCCAUCAAGAACCACUGGAACUCCACCCUCAAGCGCAAGCACUCCGGCUCCUCUGCUGCAGAGGGGUCCCCUGUUCGUGACACGGCAGGGGAGGUUGGCGGCCGGCCGCUCAAGCGGACAAACAGCGACGGGAGCCACCCAGCGGGGCGCUGCUUCAGCCCCGGCAGCCCGUCCGGAUCCGACCUCAGCGACUCCAGCCACCAGAGCAUGCCCUCCGUCAUGCCGUCCGCCGCCUCCCAGCAGCCGACGACGCACGUUUACCGCCCCGUGGCGCGGGCCGGCGGGAUGGUCGUGCUCCCGACGACGCCCCUGCCGCAGCCAUCGUCUCCGCCUUCGCCGCCUCCUCCUCCGGCGACGUCCCUCUCGCUCUCCCUCUCCCUUCCCGGCUUGGAUCCCUGUGAGGCAACCCCGGUGGCGCCGCCAAUGCCGCCGCCGUGCAUGGCACCUCGUCAUCCUGUACAGCCCGCGGCUCCAGCGUGUCAGCAGAUGCCUCCGCCGCCCAUGCCGUUCCAGCUCCAGCCACGGCCCGCGGCCCCCUUCGACGGAGAGUUCCUGUCGAUGAUGCAGGAGAUGAUCCGGAUCGAGGUCCGGAACUACAUGUUCGGCCGCCCGCCGACAGCUUCCAGGAUGCCAAGCGCAUGAAGAGCAUGGCCAAGAUGGAGUAUAAACUCAAGCAUCACCAGCUCAUGAACAAGAUCAAUCUGCUCAACUGGGGAGAAUAUGUGGAAUGAGCAAGGAGAACAAAAAGGCAGAUGAUGACGGUAGGUGAUGGUCGAUGGCUCAAACGUCUGCCAGUUCAUCAAGCAAUGGACUGUUGUCAAUCGGCUUCAGCGGGAUCCCGCGUCUUCAGAUCACUUCUCCUGGCCUAGGCCGCCUCCGGUCUCCGGACUCCGGAGUCCGGACAGUAUUCAGCAAAAUAUUCAAUGUAUGAAAUGCACUGUCAGCGGCUCAGGGCAAUAUCAGAACGGCCACGCCUAACUGCGUCUGCGUACUCGGGGGCGCCACCCAGACGCAAGCUACUCGUUUGGGUUGCGUUUCGUUACAGAAUCUGGACAUCUGAUAUAUGCUUAAUCAAAUCCCCUUGAAGUCGAUCA